ACGAUAAAAUGAUUUUGAAUUGGGGGAGUUGUGUAAACAAACUAAGGGAAAAAUGAAGGAGUGGGAAGGAGCAGAGAGAGAGAGAGAGGCGUUAUUCCAGGAAACAUCUAUUCCAGUGUGUCCCCUUGGUUAUAAUUUAAUUUAAUUUUGGGUUAAAGAGAUGAAAUAGAGAUAUCCAGAAGAGCCGCAUUUUAAAUCGCUUUUGAGGGUCUCCGAUUCCGACAAGUUCAGAAUUUUUAAUCGAAUCUUAGGUUUUGUCCCCAGAAGAAUUUGUGGGGAUGAAUUUGGGGGAAUUGAACAAUAAUAAGGUGUGGGAGAUUAAAGCGUUGAAGAAGAAAGCGAGGGAAGAAGAAGCGAGGAAGAUUCUGGAGAAAGUGGCGAAUCAGGUUCAGCCUAUCAUGACUCGACGCAAAUGGCGUGUCAAGCUUCUCUCUGAGUUCUGCCCGACAAAUCCAAGGCUUUUGGGGGUGAAUGUUAAUAGAGGCGUUCACGUCAAAUUGAGGCUUCGGAGGGUAAACCACGAUGCAGACUUCUUAUCAUAUCACCAAGUUCUUGACACUAUGCUCCACGAGCUUUGCCACAACGCCCAUGGCCCUCACAACGCUUCUUUCUACAAACUUUGGGAUGAACUUCGAAAGGAAUGUGAGGAGUUGAUGUCAAAGGGUAUCACGGGGACAGGCCAAGGAUUUGAUGUUCCUGGCAAGCGUUUGGGUGGCUUUUCUCGUCAGCCUCCCCUCUCUUCUCUUCGCGCAACGGCAGCUACAGCAGCAGAGAAAAGAGUGCGUGCGGGUAAUCUCUUACCCUCAGGACCUCAACGUCUUGGUGGUGACAGCAGCAUUAUGUCACAUCUUAGCCCCAUCCAGGCUGCUGCAAUGGCCGCAGAAAGGCGUUUCCUUGAUGACCUCUGGUGUGGUUCCCAAUCCGCAGAGGCUUUAGAAGACCAAGAGAAUGAUAGUCACGCAUGUACGGAACCCCUUUCUGUAAGGUCAGCGAAAAGAAGCAGUAGCUGCUCAAAUGCUACCAAUUCAUCAGGCCCUCCAUCUUCCUGGGGAUCAGAUGUCAUUGAUUUAACAGAGGAAGAAGCCUCUGAAAGUAGUAGAUGUACUAAAAGAAGUUGCAACCCAGCUGGUGAUCAAGGUCCUUCGUCUUCAUCAUCGACUGGUUACAAUGCAAACCAAGGCAGAGAAGAUACUGCUAUGUGGGAGUGUGCAGAAUGCACCUUAUUGAACCCGUUGUUGGCUCCAAUAUGCGAGCUAUGCUCUGCGGCAAAGCCAAAGGAAAAGGAGAUGAAGCACAAAGUCUGGUCUUGCAAGUUCUGCACGCUUGAAAACGAGGUGAAGCUGGAGAAAUGCGAGGCUUGUGGUCAAUGGAGAUACUCGUAUGGACAACCAUUGUCGACUCGUGCUCCUAAUGUCGGCACUUGAGGGAAGUUCCUACUGUGUUGUACAAGGACUAAAAGUCCUGUCUUGGCCAUAAUUCUUUUUUUAGCAACGAGCGAUGACAACAUAAACCGAUUCCCAAUUUAUUUUUGUGUGGCUGCGUUAGGUUGUUGUAGGAUUAGAACUUUUUAACUUCACUUGGUACAAAGAAUAUAUAUAUAUAUAUAUAUAUAUAUAUUUAUA